AUGACGGAUGAUUAUAGCUUGCUUGUUUCUGACAUAGUCGUCAUCGUGGCUGUCCUUCUCUUCGUUGCUUGUCAAGGAAUAUACCAUGGAUGGAAAGCGAAAAACACAACCAAAGAUUACCUGACGGCCGGUAGAAGUUUGUCGGGAGUACCAGUAGCUAUGUCAAUGUUGGUGACCUUCAUGUCGGCCAUCACCUUGCUCGGUAACCCUGCAGAAGUUUAUCUCUACGGCCUGGGUUACGCGGCCUACCUGUUUUCAUUCAUAUGGUCCUACCCUCUGGUCGCAUGGUUUUUUGUCCCGGUGUUUCAUUCUCUGCCAUUGACCAGUGCAUACGAG